AUGACUGAUAAAGAUUUGGAAUUAUAUAAAUUAUAUCGACCAGAAAGAGUAAUACCGCCGAUGCGUGGUAUCGAUUUAAUUAAAUCAUCACGUUACAGUAAGGGUAUGGCAUUUAAUUUAUACGAGCGGCAAUAUCUCGGCAUCCAUGGUUUAUUACCGCCAGCGUUUAUGACUGAAGAGCAGCAAGCAUAUCGAAUUAUCUCGAAACUUCGAGAACAGCCAAAUGAUUUAGCUCGUUAUGUACAAUUAGAUGGUUUACAAGAUCGUAACGAGAAGCUAUUCUAUCGUGUUGUUUGUGAACAUGUCAAAGAGUUAAUGCCAAUUGUUUAUACACCAACUGUUGGCCUUGCAUGUCAAAAUUUCGGUUAUAUUUAUCGUCAUCCAAAAGGUAUUUAUGUUACUAUUAAUGAUAACAGUAUCAGUAAAAUUCAUCACAUUCUUAGUAAUUGGCCAGAAAAAGAUGUUCGGGCAAUAGUUGUGACAGAUGGGGAGCGAAUCCUUGGGUUGGGUGACCUGGGCACCUACGGCAUGGGUAUUCCGGUAGGUAAACUUGCCCUGUACGUGGCACUUGGCGGUGUGCAACCGCGCUGGUGUCUUCCGGUAUUGCUUGAUGUUGGCACAAAUAAGGAAGAACUUUUACAAGAUCCAUUCUAUAUUGGUUUACGUCGAAAACGUGUCCGUGGGAAGGAAUACGAUUCAUUCAUCGAAAAUUUUAUGAAGGCAUGCGCUAAACGAUUUGGACAGAAAGUUUUGAUACAAUUUGAAGAUUUUGCUAAUGCAAAUGCAUACCGUUUAUUGGAGAAAUUUCGUGAUAAAUAUUGUACAUUUAAUGAUGAUAUACAAGGAACAGCAUCUGUUGUUGUUGCUGGUUUAUUAUCAUGUAACAAAAUUCUACACAAAAAGAUGUCGGAACAAACGUUUGUAUUUUUGGGCGCUGGAGCGGCAGCGACAGGUAUUGCUGACUUAUGUGUAUUACAAAUGCAGCACGAAGGAUUAAGUGAAAUUGAAGCACAUGAAAGGAUUUAUUUAAUGAAUAGUAAAGGUUUAAUAACAAGAAGUAGUCCAAAUUUAAAAGAUGAACAUCAAUUAUAUGCGAAGGAUAUGGAAAGUAUUAAAGAUUUAAUCGAUGUAAUCAAAAAAGUACAACCAACAGGUAUAAUUGGUGUUUCAACCGUAUCAGGCUCAUUUUCGGAAGAAAUAAUUAAAGAAAUGUCAAAGAUUAACGAACAUCCAAUUAUUUUUGCUUUGUCAAAUCCGACAAAUAAAUCGGAAUGUACUGCUGAAGAAGCAUUUACACAUACAAAUGGUAAGGUACUAUUUGCUAGUGGUAGCCCAUUUCCGGAUCUCCGAUUAAACGGUAAAUUAUAUAAACCGGGUCAGGGCAAUAACUCAUACGUAUUUCCUGGUGUAGCUUUGGGUGUCAUAUUAUUUCAAGUACGCCAUAUCGAUGAUGAAUUAUUCUUAAUUGCUGCUCGGCAAAUAGCAGAUAUGGUAACAGCAAAAGAUAUUAAAUUUGGUCGAAUUUAUCCAAAUUUGAAAUAUAUUCGUGAAUGUUCGAUCAAAAUAGCAUUGGCUAUUGCAAAGCAUUGCUAUGCGAAUGGAACAGCUGCGUUAUAUCCGGAACCGGAAGAUUUAGAAAAAUAUAUCCGUUCGCAGAUUUAUUCGGUAGAAUAUGAUGAGCUCAUUGAUGUAACAUAUGAAUGGCCUCAAGAGGAUAUGAAACAUGGAUUUCCGGUUCCGGUUGCAAGACGUGAAUCAGUUGAAGAGUAA